AUGGCGCCGCAAGGAGUGGAGUUCCCCAUUGAAGGGGGUUGCGACUGUGGAGAAGUGCGAUACGCUUUGAUGACCGAGCCGAUGAUUGUUCAUUGCUGUCAUUGCCGAUGGUGUCAACGGGAGACUGGAGCUUCCUUUGCGCUCAACGCCAUGAUCGAAACUGACAGGCUGAAACUUCUCAAAAACGAGCCGGAAUAUACCACUGUGCCGAGCCAAAGUGGCGCUGGGCAAAGCAUCGCACGGUGUCCAAAAUGCCAGAUCGCUGUUUGGAGCGUUUACCUCGAUAACCCAGCCAAUGUAAAGGAACACAUCCGCAUCGUUCGUGUGGGGACUUUGGACAAGCCAGACCUUCUUCCACCGAAUGCUCACAUCUGGGCUGCUGAGAAACAACCGUGGAUCAUCCUCUCGGACAAAGCACCCGUAUUCGAGGACGGCAGCUACCACGAGGACGAGGUGUGGUCCAAGGAAAGUCUUGAAAGGUAUCGGGCCAUGAAGGCACGCGACGCCACUACCCAAUAG